CAGCAACACAUAUAUACACACACGCUCAACCCUGUGAUGGAUCUGUCAAAAUUCCUAAAAACCUAAAAUUUAAAUCUCACAAAAAAAAAAAAAAAAUCCUCCCAUCAAAUUCUUCCAAUUUUCUCAUCGAAUUCAUCGAAAAAGAGGAAGAAGAAAGGGUUGGAUUCUUUGCUCAAAAUCUAUCUCGUGAUAUUCACUCAUCGAUCGCUGGAGUUUGUGCUGUAGUUGAAUGCGGCAAAAAAGAAAAUAGAUCCAAUUGAGUUCUGUCUUUUCCUCUAAUCUCCAUUGCUAAAAGUCCAGCCUCUUUUCGGAAAAUAGCAAAUUUUCUCGUGAUUUAGCCACCGAUCUCUCGAGUCCUCUUCGUUUUCCUUCCAAGGAUUCAUCCGAGCUGAGAAUGACGGAUCCAAUUCUUCCAUGAUUGCAGGUUUCUUUUCUUCUUCAGGUCGACUUUUUUAAAGCCUGAUCUUUGGAAAACAAUUACCUGAACGCAGAGAAAAUGUCAGUUUGUCACGCAGAAGGUCUCGAAGAAUUAAACAGUAAUGAUGAAAGAAAAGGGAAAUCUGAUGUAGAGAACUCUGAAGACGAGAGGAGGAGAACAAAGAUUGGGUCUCUCAAAAAGAAGGCAUUGAAUGCCUCUAACAAAUUUACCCAUUCUCUUAAGAAAAAGAGGGGGAAGAGAAAAGUGGAUUUUACGGCGACUGCCGUUUCGAUUGAAGAUAUUAGGGAUGCUGAGGAGGAGAGGAAAGUCUAUGCAUUUCGGCAAGAACUCACUGCCAAGGAUGCUUUGCCUGAAAAGCAUGAUGAUUAUCACAUGUUGCUCAGAUUUCUGAAGGCUAGGAAGUUUGAUUUUGAGAAAGCGAGUCAGAUGUGGAUAGAAAUGCUUCGAUGGAGAAAAGAAUUUGGAACUGAUUCUAUAUUGGAGGACUUUGAGUUCCAAGAGCUGGAAGAAGUUCUGCGUUAUUAUCCUCAAGGGUACCAUGGAGUUGAUAAGGAGGGAAGACCAGUAUAUAUUGAGCAGCUUGGGAAAGUAGAACCAAACAAACUAAUGCACGUAACUACAGUGGAACGCUAUAUUAGGUAUCAUGUACAGGAGUUUGAGAGGGCUUUUCAUGAAAAAUUUCCUGCAUGUUCCAUUGCAGCCAAAAGACAUAUUGGUACAACAACAACAAUUUUGGAUGUGCAUGGUGUGGGUUUUAAAAAUCUCAGCAAAACAGCACGGGACCUCUUGCAUCAUAUGCAGAAAAUAGAUGGUGAUUACUACCCUGAGACACUUCAUCAAAUGUUCAUUGUAAAUGCUGGGCACGGUUUCAAGAUUCUUUGGGGCACUGUAAAGGGUUGGCUUGAUCCGAAAACAACUGCAAAAAUACAUGUUCUUGGAAACAAAUACCAAAGUAGACUACUCGAAGUUAUAGAUGCUAGUCAACUACCAGAUUUCCUUGGAGGUUCAUGCACAUGCCUUGAUGAGGGUGGUUGCCUUAGGUCUAAUCGAGGACCAUGGAACGACCCUAUUGUCAUGAAGCUGGCGCGCAACAUUGAAGCAGCAUUUGUGAGGCAAGUUAGGCCUAUGUCAGAUGGAGAACAGAAAAGUAACUCUUACAGUAGACUACGACCACUGAAGGGAAGAAACAGUGAUAUUGAGUUAGGGACAGAUAUUGAUGAUCUUAGUUCUCCCAUCGAAUUUGGGGAGACUAGAUAUACUUCUUUGGCUCCUGUUCAUGAAGAAGUAAAGUCAUCAGAUUCUUCAUCUUACUACAGUUGGCAUGACAAUUUUGUUGUUGACAAAGUUGUAGACUGUGGUCGAAGACGUGCUGCAUCUUCUCUGAAGACGUCCGUAUUAUUUAGAGAUCAGCUGCACCGACGUUCUCAUUGGUCAUCACAUUCACUAGGUAGUUUCGUCGCUAAUAGGUGCAAUGCCGCCAAGGAUCAUCCAGACGAAGGACGACUGAGACAACUAACAAGGGCAUUGAUGGCAUUUUUUAUAAAAGUUUUAUCCUUCUUUCGUGUUCUAAGCUAUAGGCAAGAGAGGUUACACAACAGUCAUCCCUCAGUUACAGUGGUUCCUGCUCCUGAUAAUGAACACCCAGCCGAGGAGACUGUUGAGGAAGACCAUGUUGCUCCUUGUUUAGAGCGGCUUCAAAGGCUCGAAGUUAUGUUUAGCGAGCUCAGCAGCAAGCCUGCAGUGAUUCCAGUGGAGAAAGAGCAGGUGCUCCAGGAAUCUUGGGACAGGAUAAAGUCCAUCGAGUUUGAUCUCGAGAAGACAAAGAAAGUUUUGCAGGCCACAGUAGUGAAGCAAGUGGAGAUUCAAGAGACAUUAGAAACUGUACAGGAGUCCAAUAUCAGGAAAAGGAACUUUUGUUAAUACUCGGGAGGAAGUAGAUGUACAUGGAUGAGGCGCUGAGAUCAGGGCACAAAAGAAUACUGUAUUUCUCUUGCUAUAUAGCUUUUCCACCCCCCCCCC